GCUCAGUCCGAGUCAGUCUCCUCCGUCUGGCUGCGGCUUCAUUCAUCUCUCUCGCUCCCCGUGUUCUCCCCUGUGAGAAAUCCAGGGAAGAAAGGGAGGGAAAAGUGCGUGCGCUUCCUGCUGCGAAAUAACCAGUCUCGAUCCUGCAGUGAAAGUGACUUUUUUUUUCUCCUCCACUCUUUUCUGGAAAAUGUGAGGGGAGAAUUCCACAUUUUGGUUCGUUGACGAUGCAGAGAAGGAAAUCCCACCCGGAGUCCUUCGUCCCUGGGUGUCGUCACUGUGGAUGCACUUGCCAAAGAGACGUCCAGGAAGACGGAAUGUGCAGCGGAGAGAGGUCGGCUUUCCCUCGGGCCAGAAUCCAAGACGACUCUGAUGGUCUCAGACGGUGUUCGUCGAGCUCUCGCCACGAAGGUUUCGACCGAUCCUUGUCAGGGAGGAGAUCGCUUUCACCUCCACGCCAGAGGCUUCGUCAUCGCUUGAAUCCAACUCACGAUCAUUUUCCCACCCAGGCAUGCACGUGCCUAUACCAGCAAGACUCACCUGAUUAUCAUCACAAAGCAUCGCAUGUGGAAUGCAUUCCAGGAUCCCUCCCAAUGUAUGGUGAUUCUCAUAUGUCAGGCAUGGCUAGGAGACCAUCGCAUAGAUCUACUCGUGCAGGAAGAGAGGACUUCUACCCAACUGAUUAUCGUUGGUUAGAUGGCUCUCCUCCCAGUGAAGAAGGUCUGGAGAAUGCCGAUAGAGGUGUGUAUCAGCAUCCAACAGAGAGAAAGCAAUAUAUUCUGUCUUCACCAGAAGGUGAUCUAUAUUUUGUGCCUGAGUCUUACCCAGACAUGGUGGAAUAUAUUGCACAAUGUCCACAACACACAAGCUACUUGCCUGGACCUGGACAAGUGCCGUUAGAAGCUAAUGAGGGAUACCAUUAUUCAGACAGUGGGAUUUCUUCUCGAUACACUGACUCAGUGCCCAAUGAGAGCCAGACUUUGUACUGUGAUGUGGAACCUGAUUCCUAUAUGAUUCCUGGGCAAGAUUAUUUCCUCAUGAGCAAUAGCUAUCCUCCACAAGGUGAAGACAUAUACUCCAAUUCAGGAGAAGCAUCCCCUGUUCUUCAGACACCUGAUAGCACACCAGAGAACAGGAGGGCUGGAUCUAAGUUGAGCAAUGCAAGCAUUCAUUCCAACUUCUCAGAGGACUCUCUGAUGCAACAAGAAGCCUUUCCUUGUGAGCAGCCAAAGCUGCGCUAUUCCCUGCCAACAAUAGCUCAAGAUUCACAAGAAGACAUGUCUGGAAGUCAAGUUUCCAGUGAAGGGAGGCCUCUUUGCAAAGAUAAUACAGUGAUAGUACCCAAGGGACCAAAUCGAUCAACUGCUUGGUGGGAGGCAGCAGGAGAUGACAUGAAGACAGGGGUAAAGAAACACCCACCACUGAAGAAAUUGUCUGUGGACAACUCAUCAGAUAUAGGCCUCCUUUCAAUUAUACUCGUGUAUUCCGGGGACCGAGCGGGUGACUCACUCACUGCUCAUUCGCUGCCGCGUUGGGCUGAGCGUGUAAAUGCGUGGAAGUAUCACUGGAUAGAGUCGAGGAGAGCCCUGCCCAGCGGGGGUAUCCGCCUAUCCUCCGUUUCCCCUUCCUUCAUUCUCCCCCUCGCCAUCCCGCCAUCUAGACGUGUGGGGGUGGUCGUGAUGGCCCCAGAUCGAAGAAAUGGUUCCGUGUUCCAUCCUUCGCCCCCACCCUCUUCAGGAGCUGGGGCUGGGGAUGUCCGAUGUCGUCGGUCUCGUCGUAGUCUCCCUGACCUCAGCACCGUUGUUCGAUUCAACAAGGCUGCCCUAGGACACGCUCACAGUGCUUUCAGAAUCAGAGAUUCCAUUGGUCUUCUGGGCUACUUGUUUCUUGACCAGGGGUGCACAACAUACGGCCCGCGAGGCCCUUGCUCGCGGCCCGCCAUGACUGGUGGUGUUUUAAGUUCUACUAUGGCUCCUGCCCUGUUGGCCACAGCUAUGAUCAGCCAGGCUGCGGCCCACGAUGGGAAAGGUGUAGUUCGUGGGAAAGUGAGGAAAGGAACGAGUCGAUACAUGGAGGAAAUGCCGUUGAAGGAAGACGAAGAAGAGAUGGAGAUGGAAAGAGGUUCCACAAGUCUUCCAACCCCGAAUAUGAACGAAGGCCAAGGUUCAUUGCAUGAAGGGAAGAAGCCUUCACCGACGGCCUUCACCGUGGACAUCGGCGCAGAAGGCCCUACUAAAAAGUUGGAUCUCGGCGACAGUAUUAGCAAGUUCGUGCCCAAGCAUCGUCGGACUCUCAGCUCAAACCGACCCGAAGACAAGGAGGAGGAGAAGGAAGAGGGCACAAGUUGGUUGGAGCCACUCAGAUCCCCAUCUGUGGGAAGAAAGAAGAUUUCUCCUGCCUCAAAAUCACCUCCAUCUACUCAAGUCAAAGCAGUUCCUGUCCUCAAAACAAGGAAGAAUGAAUCCCCUCUGGAGACCAGAAGCACCAGAAAACCACCCAUUAGAGAGUCCAAGUCAGUAGACGAUGGACAUGGGAAGGGAAAACCUGUUCAGCAUAAGGACAAGAAACUGCCAAAGACUCCAAGUGGAAAAGGAGGGAAGCAGGGUGGAGAUACUGUUAAUGGAGUGCCUCCAUUGAAUGAAUCAGCAUCUUAUUUGAUCAACCGGAUGCUAAACAGCAUGCCUGAUGGUGAUGCAAUGUACAGUGAUGACCUGGAUGCAUUUGUGACUGCCAAAUGUGCUGAGGUCCCACAUUCACCCAAGAAGACCAGUAUAGCAGAGACUUUUGUGAUUGACUGCAAGGCCUGUCCAAUCAGUGGUGAACUUUUGCUAAAUCUGAAAGAAGUGCCUGUGGAAGAGGAAGUCAAAGAAGUGAAGGAAAAGGAUGCCCAUCUACAGGACCGUCGUCGUCCCAAGACUCUGCACCUAAGUUCCUCUCCACCUCAGGGCAAAAUGAGUCCCCCAAGUCAGAGUAGUCCAUCAUCCUCACCAACAAGCAAGGAUCGGUCUGUGACAUCCCCUUCAAAGCUCUCUUCUAGUCAGGAGAGUCAAUCCCGUCCACGCCGUCUCCUUCCCACACCCCCUGCCCCAAAGAAUGGCAUCCCCAAUGUAGCUGGCUUGGUUGCUUCUGCUGUGGCUGAGUCCAAGAGGAAAGAAUCUUCUUAUGCUCCUGGACAGCAUAGUGAUAGCAGCCUGGAAACGGAGUCCUAUCUGCGUGAUACUGAGUCUGUGGUGACAGCAAUGCAGGCUCGUGUUGAAGGUCGGAGUGUGGAUCACAAUGCCAAGGAAACUAAGGUCACACUGGCCCCCAAAUCAGCCAGUGCUCAGCAUGGAGCCACAAACACUGUGGAAUCCCAUAAACCUGUUGCUAGGGUUACAAAAGGCCACAUCCAUGCAAAUCCAGCUGUGGAUACUGACCAUAGCAAGAGUUCAAGUCCAUACAGUCGAGAGUGUUCUGUCUCAGACAGUGGGAGUGUCCAUAGUGAUAGCAGCAGCGGAUUGAGUGAAAGCCUCCGGGCUGGUUCCGGGACUGAUGCUCAUAGCAACCGAUAUAAUCGGGCUUACAAGCUGCGGAAGGCUCAAACUACAUAUGACUCAGAGGGUGGAGCAGGAGGGAGAACACGGGUGGCAGAGAAGAAGUCCAAGACCUCAUUAGGACCAGAUCGAAAGUCCAAUGGCUCUGGAAGCGUGGGACUGAGUCAAAGCAGUGUUAGUAGUGAUGCAGCUGCCAAAGGGACAUCCACUGGGUUUGGCAGGAAUGAUGGUGGAAGAUUCAGCCUCAGGCUCAAAAGCAUCCCAGGUAUACCAGCGAAAGGCAGCAAACCACCAUCAGCUCGCAAAGCUCCAUCUCAGGCAGCCACCAAGCCCCCAGUGCCCUCAAGCAAGGAGGAGGAAUUUAAAAAUUGGCAGAGGAGGAAAAAAUAUGACCCACUGAAGGCAGCAGCAGAAGGGAGAAAGAAGGAAGCUGCAAAGCGCAAUCUGAAGGAUGGAUCUGAUCCCAUGACACAGUCUGCUCAUGGAGCUCUGCCAAAUGGAACUGUGAAUGGCUCCCCAUUCGUCUUGAGCAAGUCAGCUUCAUUCCAUGGCCAGGAGCAAGGAGUGACGAUUAUUUCAAGAUCAAUUCGUCACAGACAGCCUGCAAUCCCAGAAGUCUCCUCAGUUUCUCCAUCACCCCCUCCUCCCAAUUAUCCUCAUCAAAUCCCUGAGCCUCAGACUGGCCAUGAUAUCAUGGUUAGUCGAAGCAUGUCCCAUGUCCCUGCAUCCUUCCACAACCAGAGGCACGUACCAUCCCCUGUGUCUGAAGACUAUGAUGAACCCUUCUGUGAUACCCCAAGUCCUACUAGAAAGGUAUCCAUGGAUGAAGGAGUGCCAAGAAGUCCUGUGAGCGGGAGGCAUGUACCAGGAUCCCCUAUCAUGGGUCACAGAAACAAGGGAGGAAAACUGGAAGCAUUGGACUCCCUUGUUAUAUCAACAAUUUCUUCCCUUUCAACGAAACUGGUUGGCAGUGCCCAGGGCCUUCUGGAGAAGCUCAAAAAUCAAUUGAGUGAUGAGACAGAUGUGGCAAGCAAGAUUGAAGAUCUGUUGGUACAGCUGGAGGCACAAAUGCAGCCUGGUGCUCUGCAGGGUCAGGGUAGCCCCAGUCCAGUUGAAGGAUAUUCAAACAAUUCAAGAGGUAGUAGUUCAUCGGCUCGAACUUUGUCUCGUGACCUCUCUGGCACCCUCAAGAACCUCAAGAGGCUACAACAAGCCUUAGCUGUUGUGGAUGAGGUGCUGAGUAUGGACCCAACAGCAGAUGAUGACCUGGUCCAAGCCAGCUUUAAUGGAUACCAUUCCACGGGGCCUUAUCACUAAUCCCCCAGAGUUCUUUCACCGCCUUUAUUGCCAAUAUCCUUGGCCCAUUUUCCCUGUUUCUAUUUUUUCAUAAUCAUCAUGAUUCUCAAUGAGCGAGGUUUGUGUUGUGAUGGUCUCAGUGAGAUUUCUUUACACUUUUUUCCAUACUUUGUGGAUGCCCACUACCCAAUCUCCUGUGCCCUGCCACAUGAGGGGGGACACCCUUUUCAAUGUGUUAAUCCACUAGAGGAUGAGAGAGUUGCUUUCCUCUCUACUAGUCAUGUCAGAAAGGAAAUCUUUGUGCAGACCCAAGACUUCAAGAAGUUAUCCUAGCAUUGACUCCUUGCACAUUCCAGCCUCAUCUUGUCCAUGUCUGAGAGCUUUCACAAUUCAACAUAUUUUUGUGUUCUUUUCUAUUCGAUCUGCUGGUCCUGAGGUCCACUCCCAUUUGUGCAAUCAGUCUGCACACAAGGAGAAUGAUUUGGAUUGCAGGUUGUAUCAGAUUCAGAACUGAUCCUUCUCUUGCUAUUGUUGCUCAGUGCCAUACAUGUGAUGAGACAGAGAAUCCUGUUCAAGAAUGCUUUCUAAUGCCUCUGCUGAUGUUAGAGUAUCCUGAAACCCCCCAAAAGAACUCAAAACCUCUUAUUCAAAACCCUCUGCUUCAUGUUUGAAUCUUCUUAAUUUAUUACUAUGGUCUCUGUUUUCAAUCUGAGGAGAGAGAAUAAAAGUAUAUAAGGAG